AUGCUGUUGAAACAGCAGCAGCAGGCUCGCAGCAGAUUGCGCCAGCAGCGCCUCAGAAUCGCUUUUUUCGGUUACCUAAUUGUGUUGGUGUUCUUCGCUGUUCUUCAGUUCAUCGGUGUAUACUUCUUCAGCAAAGGGUUCCUCUUGACAAGACAAGUUUUGCCAAAUGUUGCUGAAUGCGGAGACGCGGGCUGCUUCCCAGCAUCUCAGUUUGACAAGACGGUGCUUCUUGUCAUCGACGCUUUGCGGUUUGAUUUUGUCAUCCCAGUGGAAGGGAGUGAAGCAGACCCUUACUACCACAACAACUUCCCAGUUUUGUAUGAUCUCAUGAAGAACCAGCCAGAUAACGCCAUAUUGUUGAAGUUCUUGGCUGAUCCACCUACGACAACGUUGCAGCGUCUCAAAGGCUUGACUACGGGCUCCCUACCGACUUUCAUCGACGCGGGCUCCAAUUUCGAUGGAGACGCUAUUGACGAGGACAACUGGCUUCUCCAGUUGCAUAAACGGAAUAAGUCGAUUGCAUUCAUGGGAGAUGAUACAUGGAAGGCGUUAUUCAGCCACUAUAUCAACCCGGACCUCCACUUCCCAUAUGACUCUUUGAACGUUGGAGAUUUGCAUACUGUGGACAAUGGUGUUAUAGAGCAUCUUUUUCCAUUGCUAAACAAGUCACGUUCCAAGGAGUGGGAUGUGCUAAUUGGGCAUUUUCUCGGUGUAGAUCACGUUGGCCACAGACAUGGACCUCAUCAUCAUGCUAUGAAGGAUAAGUUGCACCAAAUGAAUCAAGUGAUAGAGGAUGUCAUAAGCAAAAUCGACGAUAAAACGUUAUUGAUUGUGAUGGGCGAUCAUGGCAUGGAUCCCACGGGAAAUCAUGGCGGUGACAGUGCUGAAGAAUUGGAAAGUGCAAUUUUCUUUUACUCGAAGAAUAGAAAGUUUCACAUCAACAAACAUGAUGCUUCUGCGUAUGAUACAUCGAAUUGUGGUCAAAAUUACAGAGCGGUCGACCAAAUUGAUUUGGUACCGACGAUCUCAUUGCUUCUAGGCAUGCCAGUUCCACACAAUAACUUAGGUUUCCCAAUUGACGAGGUUUUUGGUAACAAUAAGGACCUCAGUCUCGCGAGUCAUAUUACCAUCGAGCAGAUCAAUAAUCUCCGGCUAGCCUCUUCUGAACUUAAGCUGGAACAGAAUGAGAAGUUCACGGAAAAAUAUGAGUUCAUCUCAGAGCAUUACUCCAAAUAUGGGAAAAAUAAGAAAUAUUUUGCCGACUUGAUCGCAGAGGCCAAGUCUUUCCACGCUGAAUUUUUAGAGCAUUGCAAGGGACUUUGGGCCCGUUUCGAUCUUAUCCUCAUAGGUCUUGGUAUCUCAGUGAUGCUAUUGUCCCUUUCUUUCGUACUUACUUACUCGAGAUCGAUACCUUCAGUCAGAGUUCUGACUAUGUCAUUCGAAUUUAUUGGAUCGAUAAUUGCCAUGACCUUGUUAGGCAUUGUCUCCAGUAUUUCAAUAUUUAUUGUUUUGAGACCAUCGGGAGUUACUCUUCGCACCUGUUUAUUACUUGGGUGCGCCAUUGGUAUUUCGAUAGGUUUUUGGGCACCCAUAAUGGAUCGCUUUAGCCUUGUUUGGCUAUGGCAUCAGAUAAAUGACUUCUUCCACUACAACUUAAAUGUUUGGUCUGCAAUGGGUUUAAUCAUGGUUUUAUUCCACUCCAUGAUAUUUGCAUCAAAUUCCUACGUUAUUUGGGAAGAUAAGCUCGUGAAUUUUUUUCUCUCCACAUUCGGAUUCUGCUGCCUUGGCGGCUGUUUAAAGAGCUCCAAGCCAUCUAAUCAAAGGUACUUAGGAGCUAUGCAUGCCGCCACCUUCAUCCUCAUGUCAAGAUUGGUAUCCACAAUAAAUUUAUGUCGCGAGGAGCAACGUGAACACUGCACUCCAACAUUCAAGACGUCUUGGUGGACAGUCUUGGUAUUGCACCUUUGUUCGUACUUGUUGCCUUCCACCAUCAAGUCCUUCUACAAGCUAUCAUCGUCCUACCACUCUGCUGGUCCGUUGUGGAUAGGAACAGGAAUGAAAUUUCUCAUGAUCAUGAAUGCAUCAUACUGGACCAUUGAGUACAUUGAGAACAACGAUUACUUUCAGUUGAAUGCAAAGUCUUUUCUUGAUUUGGGUUUGACGGAGUCGUUGAAACUCGGCAUUGCUCGAAUUGUGCUUUUCAUAGCACUUAUACUUGCAAACUUUAGUUGGUCUCGUGGACCUCUUUGUGUGAAGAUUGAACUUUCAGAGAAUCUGCAAGGAGUUCAAGUAGAGAGUUCUUCUGACAGCAGCGAUGAAAACGAACCUGAGAUGGCUUCUCCAGUGCCAAGGCAACCACGUUCCCCUGCUGCAACGAUCUUGGGGUAUGGAAACGUGUACGGGUCUUCUUACUUCUUGCUCGUCAUCAAUGUUAUUUGUGCGGUCCUACUAGUGACCAAGCCUCUUGGUGCAAUCUCUCUAUCGAUGAUGGUAGUACAGCUUUUGUCCCUUCUCGAAAUCUAUGACAUAUUGGGACUUCAGAGAAAUUUGGUGGCAGUCAUCAUAUUUUGUCUUUUGGGAUAUCAGCACUUUUUCAGCACCGGACAUCAAGCAACAAUUCCGUCAAUCCAAUGGGAAAUUGGAUUCAUGACUACUCAAACAAUUCUGUUUCCCUUCACUCAUUUGAACAUUUUACUCAAUACUUUCGGAUCGUUUUUCAUCAUCUGCAUUGCAGUUCCCUUGAUCACUCUUUGGAGAAUACCUCCAUCCACAAAGCCUAUCACGUUGCUCUCACAGAUAGUGACCAACGUGACCACUCUUCUCACCUAUCAAACCGUCAUCAGCAUCAUGAGUUUCAUUUUUGCUGCUCAUUUCAGGAGACACUUGAUGGUGUGGAAGAUUUUUGCUCCUAGAUUUAUGCUCAGCGCUCUACUACUCAUUGUGUUCAACGUUACCCUUACAUUUGGAACAAUGUGGUUUGCCACAUCUCGUGUCUUGACCCAGGUCAAUAGGAUUUUUGGCAAAUGA